AUGUGGCUCUUCGCCCUCGCGGCGGAGCACGCGGUGCCGCUGCUCUGCGGCCUCGCAUGCCUCUGGCUGGUGCGCAGGCUCGUCGUCUACGCGCGGCUGCGGCGCUUCGGCGGGCCGCUGUGGGCGGGUCUGUCCGACUGGCCUCAUAGCCUGGCUAUGCUGCGGCACCGGAACCAUGAGUGGUACGCCGAGGUGAACGAGAAGUAUGGCCCCAUCGCCCGCGUCGCGCCCAGAGUGCUCGUCACCUCGUCGCCCGACGUCUGGAUCCACGUCAACACCAAGCCCGGCUACAAGCGCUCCGACUGGUACUACCACGCCUGCCGGCUCGAGCACCGGCGCGACAACAUCUUUAGCCAGACGGACAACCGCAAGCACGACGUGCGGCGGAAGCAGAUGGCCCCGGGGUACUCGGGGAGAGAAAACCUCGAGCUCGAGCACACCAUCGACCAGCGCCUCGCCGAGCUGCUCGCCCUCAUCCGCACGCACUACCUGCCAGCCACGGCGCAGGCCGCGACACAGCCCAUGGACCUGGGCGAAAAGGUGCAGUUCUUCACCCUCGACGUCAUCAGCAGCGUCGGCCUCGGCCGCUCCUUCGGCAUGCUCCCGCGCAACGCCGACGUCGACGGCCACGUGCGCCUCAGCGAGCAGGGCCUCGUCGCCGCCAACGCCGCCCUGGCCACGGGGCUGAGCCGCCUGGCCCACGUCCCGGGCAUCGGGCGCUUCGUAGCCCCCUCGCCCGAGGACAGCGGCGGCUACGGGCGGGUCAUGGCGGCGUGCUUCCGCGCCGUCGAUGAGCGUGUCGGGGCCAAGGGGCCGUCGGCGGCGGCGGCGGCGGCGCAUCGGCACGAGGAUAUGCUGGCGUCGUUUAUGCGCCAUGGCAUCGAGGGCCAUGACCUGCGCUCCGAGGCGCUGGAGCAGGUCGUCGCCGGCUCGGACACGACGGCCGGCGCCCUCCGCGGCGCCCUGCUGCACAUCAUGAGCAACGCGCGCGUCCACGCCAAGCUGCAGCGCGAAGUCGACGCCGAGGCCGCCGCCACGGGCUCCGACGGCAUCGUCGAGGCCGCCCGGGCGCGCCAGCUGCCCUACCUGCAGGCCGUGGUGCGCGAGUCGCUUCGCAUCUGGCCGCCCGCCGUCAACAUAUUUGCGCGCGACGUGCCCGCCGGCGGCGACACCGUCGUCGUCGACGGCCGGCCCGUCUUCCUGCCCGCCGGCGUCUCCAUCGGCUACUCGGCCCUCGCCAUGCACCGCAGCCGCGACGUCUACGGGCCCGACGCCCACGUCUUUCGCCCGGAGCGCUGGUUCGAGCCGGACCCGGACCGUCUGGCCGCCAUGGUGCGCACCAACGAGCUCGUCUUUGGCCACGCGCGCUUCCGCUGCCUCGGCAGGCCCGUCGCCAUGAUUGAGAUAUCAAAGACAAUCUUUGAGCUGAUGCGCAAUUUCGAAAUGGCCCUCAUCCACCCGACACGCCCCUGGAAGACACGCAACUGCCUCGGCCUCUUUAUGAUCUCGGACAUGUGGGUGCAAGUCAUGGACCGCGUGUCGUGA